UGCGUGGUGUGCGGGGGUGGAGCCGGGGCUAGAGGGAGAGUUAAUGAUUUGCCACAGGCUCAUUUCGCAACUUAACCAAGGGUCAGCUUCCCGUGACCAUGUACCAGCUGCGUCCUCUGGGCCACGCUCCACUUGCCUGCUUCCACCCGGAAGGCCCCCCAGGCUGAGUGCGGCAUGAUCUCCAUCACCGAAUGGCAGAAGAUUGGUGUGGGGAUCACCGGUUUCGGCAUCUUCUUCAUCCUCUUUGGAACACUCCUGUACUUUGAUUCCGUGCUCCUGGCCUUUGGAAACCUGCUGUUCCUGACGGGUCUCUCCCUCAUCAUUGGCCUGAGGAAGACCUUUUGGUUCUUCUUCCAACGGCACAAGCUCAAGGGAACCAGCUUCUUCCUGGGGGGUGUGGUUAUCGUGCUCCUACGCUGGCCCCUCCUGGGCAUGUUCCUGGAAACCUAUGGAUUCUUCAGCCUGUUUAAGGGCUUUUUCCCUGUCGCCUUCGGCUUCCUGGGCAAUGUCUGCAACAUCCCCUUCCUGGGUGCGCUGUUCCGGAGACUUCAAGGCACUAGCUCGAUGGUCUGAACAACAGAGAUGAGCUCCUUGAACUUGGAUCAUUGGUUGAGGGGGCUAGAGGGAGAAUGGGAACCACCCCCUCAGUCCCCCGCACUGACUCACUCCCCGACAUAUCCGGACCUCCCCAAGUCCAGAAGGAAGGAAUGGAGCUAAGCAACUGACGUCAAAUCCCCAAGUCAACUCAAGAGGCUGCCAGGAAGCAGAGAUGCAGACCCCAAGGAGACUAGGCUGGGGCUGGCCUCACACCCUCACUCUAUAUUUAUGGGAGGAAAAGUGAAGAUUAAAUUCCCAAGUUGUACGUGUG